CACCGGCAGCGCCGGAUGAGCAAGGCCUGGCGGCGCGGCAGGAUGGAGAGCGGCGAGCACGGGGAGGAGGCCGAGGCGGGCGGCGGGCACGGUUCCCACAAGAAGAAGCACAAGAAGCACAAGAAGAAGCACAAGAAGAAGCACCACCACGAGGCGCCGGGGCCGCCCCCCCCGCCGGCCCCCGAGUCCGCCGCCGGGCUGCGCAAGCCCCAGCUCAAGCUGAAGAUCAAGCUGGGGGGGCAGAUCCUGGGCACCAAGAGCGUGCCCACCUUCACGGUGGUCCCCGAGGCGCCGCGCUCGCCCUCCCCGCUGAUGGUGGUGGACGAGGAGGAGGAGCCCACGGAGGGGGUGCCCAUCGAGCAGUACCGGGCCUGGCUGGAUGAGGACAGCAACCUGGACCCCUCGCCCCUGCCAGACCUGGACUCGGAGAGCUGCUUUCCCGCCCGCGAGGAGGAGGAGGAAGAGGAAGAGCGCUGGCUCGAUGCCCUGGAGAAGGGCGAGCUGGAUGACAACGGAGAGCUCAAGAAAGAGGUGGACGAGUCCCUGCUGACGGCCCGACAGAAAGCCCUCCUGCACAAGCAGCAGAGCCAGCCGCUGCUGGAGCUGCCCAUGGGCUACAAGGCGAAGGAGCUGACGGAGGAGAUGCUGGUGAAGCGGGAGGAGCGGGCCCGCAAGCGGCGCCUGCAGGCGGCCAAGAAGGCGGAGGAGAACAAGAACCAGACCAUCGAGCGCCUGACCAAGACCAACAAGGCCAAGGUGAAGACGCUGCGGGAGCGCAAGGCCAAGCAGGCCCCCUGCCCCGUCGUCCACUACUGCAACGCCGCCGACCGCAUCACCGUCUCCUUCCCGGCGGGCAUGGCCCUGCCGCUGCUGCCCGCCCAGGCCCCCGCCGUGCCCCCGCCCGUCCUCUGCGGCGUCGACGGCUGCUCCAACCACAAGCGCUACUCCUGCUCCCGCACCGGCCUGCCCCUCUGCAGCCUGGCCUGCUACAGGAGGAACCUCCAGCUGCAGGAGGCCGCGGCGUAGGCCGGGGGGGGCCC